AUGUCUCCAGCCCAGAAUUUUCCAAAGCCUACGUUCGAUAACCCAGAACUAAUUCGGGACGGGUGCUACAUCAAUGGGAUCUGGGAUAACAAGUCAAAGGAUUACUAUGAGGUUAAUGACCCAGCCUCAGGGGAGGUGAUUGCAAGACUGCCUGACCAGGACCCGUCUAUUGUGGACACGGCAGUGGAUGCUGCUUAUGAUGCGUUCAAGAGUUACAAGAACACCAAUCCAAGGCAAAGAUCGCAAUGGCUGUUGAACAUGUACAAUUUAAUGAUAGCAAACAAAGAGGAUUUGGCCAAGAUUAUCUCCUGGGAAAAUGGUAAGGCUUUGGCAGACUCCAGGGGAGAAGUGAGUUACUCAGCCUCGUAUUUCCAGUGGUACUCAGAGGAGGCUCCUAGAAUCUAUGGGGCCACCAUUCAACCUUCAAACCCAACUAACCGGGUGAUUACUGAGAGACAGCCUGUUGGAGUUUGCGGUAUCAUUUGUCCCUGGAACUUCCCCAGCGCUAUGAUCACCAGGAAGGCUGCUGCUGCCUUAGCUGCUGGCUGUACUGUUGUCAUCAAGCCAGAUCACUCUACCCCUCUAUCUGCUUUGGCUUUGGCUUAUUUAAGCGAAAAGGCUGGCUUUCCCAAGGGAUGCGUUAAUGUCGUCCUAGGGAGUAAGAACACCCCAAAGAUCGGUCUGAAACUAUGCGAGUCCAAAAAAGUGAAGAAAGUGACCUUUACCGGGUCGACCAGUGUAGGUAAGAUUCUGAUGAAGCAAUCGUCCUCUACUUUGAAGAAACUUUCACUGGAGCUUGGUGGUAACGCACCUUUUAUUGUCUUUGAGGACGCAGAUUUGGAAGAAUCAGUCGCUCAAGUUAUCUCUUGUAAGUUUAGAGGCUUAGGUCAAACUUGCGUUUGCGCCAACCGAAUUUACGUUCAUUCUAAAAUAAUCGACAAGUUUAGCUCUUUAUUGGCAGAGAAAGUGAAGCAAUUUACUAUUGGCCCAGGACUAGACGAGAAGUCCACUCAUGGAUGUUUGAUUAACACCAAAUCUGUCGAAAAGGUUCAACAACAUAAAAUGGAUGCUGUUGAUAAGGGAGCAAAAGUCAUCAUUGAAGGUGGACCUAUACCUGAUUUGGGUGAGAAUUUUUACGCACCUUGUAUUCUGUCUCAUGUUCCAAACGAUGCGAUUGUGGCCAAAGAGGAAACAUUUGGACCUCUAUGUCCCAUAUUUAAGUUUGAUACCACUGAGGAAGUCGUUCAAUACGCAAAUGAUACUGAAUUUGGGUUGGCUGCCUAUGUCUUUUCUAAAAAUGUGGAUACUUUAUUCACUGUAGCUGAGGCUUUGGAAACUGGUAUGGUCUCGUGUAACACGGGCUUGUUUUCGGAUGCUUCUGUUCCAUUUGGUGGUGUCAAAGAGUCGGGUUUUGGUAGAGAAGGUUCGUUGUAUGGUAUUGAAGACUACACAAUAGUAAAGACCAUAAAUUUUGGCUCUUUACCGAAAAGACUUUAG